AUGGACGAUGGUGGGAAAGACAUUUUUGCUAGGAGGAAAGUGGAGACGGCUCUUUCCCUCCUGGUGGAGGAAAUCCAAGAGGAUCAAGAGGAAGCAGUCUUUCGAGAAGUGGUCAGUUUUACCCCGGAUCCUUUGCCAGUUAGAUAUUAUGACAAGGACACCACCCAGCCUAUCAGCUUUUACUUAUCUUCGCUGGAGGAACUCUUGGCGUGGACGCCCUGCAUGGAAGACGGCUUUAACACUGCCCUGGAGCCCACAGAGUGUCGCCAUCCCCCUCUGAGCAGCCAGAGGCCCCGGACCUUGUUGUGCCAUGACAUGAUGGGCGGGUACCUGGAUGACAAGUUUAUUCAGGGCUCAGCGGUGCAGAAUCCCUAUUCCUUCUACCACUGGCAGUACAUUGACAUCUUUGUGUACUUCAGCCACCAUACAGUCACCAUCCCCCCGGUAGGCUGGACCAAUGCUGCCCACAGGCAUGGGGUCUGUGUGCUGGGGACUUUCAUCACGGAGUGGAGCGAAGGGGGCAGGCUCUGCGAGGCCUUCCUGGCCGGGGACGAGCGCUCGUAUCAGGCAGUGGCCGAUCAGCUGGUCCAGAUGGCUCAGUUUUUUCGCUUUGAUGGCUGGCUGAUCAACAUUGAGAACUCCCUGAGUCCGACUGCUGUGGGGAAUCUGCCUCCUUUCCUGCGGUACCUGACCGCUCAGCUCCAUCGGCAGGUCCCAGGGGGCCUGGUGCUCUGGUAUGACAGCGUGCUGCAGAGCGGGCAGCUCAAAUGGCAGGACGAACUCAACAAACAGAACAGUGUCUUCUUCGACUCCUGCGACGGCUUCUUCACCAACUAUAACUGGCGGGAGGAGCACCUGGAGCGGAUGCUGGGGCAGGCCGGGGAGCGCGUGGCCGAUGUGUACGUGGGCGUGGACGUGUUUGCUCGGGGGAACGUGGUUGGAGGCCGAUUCGACACGGACAAGUCGCUGGAGCUGAUCCGAAAGCACGGAUUCUCAGCUGCUCUGUUUGCUCCGGGCUGGGUGUAUGAGUGUUUAGAGAAGAGGGAAUUCUUCCAGAACCAGGACAAAUUCUGGCGUCUGCUGGAGCGCUACCUGCCUACACACAGCAUCUGCUCCUUGCCCUUUGUUACGUCCUUCUGUCUGGGCAUGGGGACACGAAGAGUCUGCUAUGGCCAGGAGGAGGCGGUGGGGCCCUGGUACCACCCAAGCGCCCAGGACAUCCAGCCCUUGUUUGGAGAGCACAGGCUGGGGGGGGACGGACGGGGCUGGGUGAAGACGCACUGCUGCCUGGCAGACGCCUGGCAUGGGGGCAGCUCCCUGCUCCUGCGGGGGCUCAUUCCGCCCGAGCUUGGAAAUGUGGCUGUGAGAUUAUUUUCCCUGCAGGUACCAGUGCCACCCAAAAUCUUCCUGUCCAUGGUGUAUAAGCUAGAAGGGCCUACGGAUGUCAGGGUCGGUUUGGAGCUCACCACGGGGGAUGCUGGCAGCUGCCACGUUGGUGACAUCUCAGUGUUGGACGCAGAGACAAGCUCAAGACACAGUCCCCGACCCCUCCGGGUGCCCCCCACCAAGCUGGCCAGAUGGGUGGGCCGCUGUAGCCAGCAGCUCAGCGGGGGCUGGGUCCAGCGCUGCUACGAGGUGAGCCUGCGCGGGUGCCUCCUGCUGGACCUCUUCGUUAACUUCUCGCGGCCACAGGGCAGCCGGGGAGAGGAAAGCUUCAUUUGUCGCCUUGGAGAGAUCCAGGUGGUGGAUGCCAACAGCCUGCAGACCCCCCUGCCCCAGGUGCAGGCCGUUACCGUCUCACAGGUCCGCUGGCAGCAUGCCCUGUCAGAGUGGGAGAGCCCUGCCCAGUUGCAGCUCACCUGUACCCUGCACUGGUCCUACCUCCUCUCCCAAGUCCGUUGUUUCCGGAUCCACUGCUGGGGAGGGACGAUAGGUGGCUCUCCCAGCCAGGAGCCGCCGAAGCCAGAGAAGCCCACAUUCCUGGGCCUGGCUUUCACCAACCAGUACCGGAUAGUGGACCUGGCAGUAGAAGCUGCUAGGCUUGGCCAGGAUGGCCGCGUAGAGUUCCUGGUGGAGCCUGUCCCCAAGGAAGGGUUUCUGGUGCCUCAGGCUGGGUGGGGCAGGGCGACCCUGCUGUACUCAGCCCCACAGUAAGCAGACAUUAAAGCACGCAGUCUCCUG